AGUCAUUCAUUGACUGAUCCUUCAAGCAACAGUCAAUAUUUUUGUUAUUAUUGUUAAGAAAUCAGAUUUAAUUAUUUCUGUUUGGAAGUGGUAAUUUGAGAUUAAUGUCUCUCUCUAAUUUAUUUUAAAUUCUGAAUUACCAUUGAAAUAAAAUGCCGAAACCCGUGUGUGUUCAGUGUAGCACCAACGAUUCGUUGCUCUGGCGUAACGCAGAGAACGGUCAAAUAUGCAACGAUUGUCACCUAGCUAACACUGCCACAGAAACCAAACUCGAUGUCUCCGUUAAAGUAGAAUCUGACGAGAAAAAAGAUGAUAGGGAGGAGGAGAAGAGCAGUAAAAGUGAGACAGACUCUACGCCGGCCAAAGCGACCGGCAAGGGGACGAGAAAGAGCACCAGAUCGACGAGAUACAAACCUAAGACUAACACGCCAGCUCCUGCCAAGCCACCGGCGCCCCGCGGACGGGGCCGCAGGAGUAUAUUCAAAAGACAACCUCUGAAAGCACCCACGGCUACUGCCACUGUCGUUACUAGUGAUUCUGUAUUUUAUAAGGGGAGCUACAUGCAAGUGGGUGAUAUAGUGUCAAUGAUAGAUGUAGAGGGAGGUGUCUACUAUGCACAAAUCAGAGGCUUCAUGACCGACCAGUACUGUGAGAAGAGUGCCGUGGUCACUUGGCUGCUGCCCACUAGAGCCAGCCCUCCGCCUGAAAAGGGAUUCGACCCAGCCACAUACAUUAUUGGUCCAGAAGAGGAAUUGGCUCGCAAAUUGGACGUAAUGGAGUUUGUAAUGCACGCACCCUCUGACUACUACAAGGCCAGCAACAGCCCGUACCCCCUCACAGACACAGAGGUCAACAACUACAGCGGAUUCAUCUGGACCUCACUUGAACCCAAAGAGAGGACAUGAACUAAAACAUUUUAUUUGUAACAUAGUAUUAAAUAAUUAUUAAG